GUCGGGUUUUGCCAGCCGUACGCAGUUUAGACGCAACGCUCGGCAGUACAAGGAAUAUCGUUCGCACUCUGGGGGGCAAACUGGUGACACCCUGGAGAAUGAUGACAGUACACUGAAAACCUAUCCCCUCCGCUGUAAUCGUGCGAGUGGUGGUGCGUUCCGUGCGAUCCGUGUGCAAGUGUAAAAAACACCCAUAAGUGCGUGUAUAGCGUAGUGCACAAUCAAGUCAAGGACAUUAAGUGAAAAGACAUUAUAAAGUUAAAGCAAAGUGCCAGCAGUAGCUCACAACACCAGCGUUGCGACUGCCAGUGACUACAUACGAAAGCUACCAGGAACAUUGUCCCUCGGUAAAACCCUCAAUAUGGCGGGUUUUACCAUCUAUUCCCUGCUGAUUCUCGGAACAAGUCUGCUAGUGUUGGGUUCGCAACAUUCGCCGUACUCCCUGCAGGCUGCCAUCGAUGCUUUGCACCGUCGAGAAGCACAGCUUGCGUUACGCGAGGAAGCCGCCGCCGAGCAGCUGGACGACGAUGGCUACUGGAUGGAACCAACCGAAGAGCAGCAGCAACAGUUUCGCCCGAACCGACAGCGCCUGAACCGCAUUCUGGCCAACUAUUUGCGGCGCGAUGAAGAGCCGGACGAUGGCUACGAUCCUUACGACUUGGACACACGCAAGCGUUCCGUCUUUCGGGAGCGAGAUGAACUAUCCUCCUACCCGACCGUGUUCCGGGAGCGAGAGCAGGAGAAAGCGUACCCGCAUCCCGACCUGUCCGAGGAUUUCCUCAAAGCGGUACAGCGUCUCAACAACGACGAGCGAGAGGAAGAGUUCCAGGAGCGUCUGCAGCGACUGUGGAACAAGUACCAGCAGGAGGAGAACGAAAUCGAGCAGCAGCUCUUCGACGAGGAACCGUUAGGGCCGUACGAGAAGCGGCAAGGCUUCCCCAUGUCCGAAUCGGAACCCUCGCCCGCCCAUUACGGUCCACCGAUGCAGGAGCGCAAGCGAACGCUCCCAAUCCUUCCCUGGCUGCCGGCUACGCGCAAGAAGCGCUUCCCGGUCGCAAAACGAUCGCCCAAACCGGACGCAGCCCCAACCGGAACGGAUGAAAAGGUGGCCAAGGAUUUGCAGGCCCUCUUUGGUGCACCGAUCGAGCCGAAGCGCAAACGAUCGAGUGAACCGGCGAAGCCGGCUAGCUCUACGGCGAGCUCCAGCAUGGCCACAACCUCCUCCACCACGACCGUGCGGCCGGCAGUGAUGGAAGUUGCCAAGACGAAGCGCGAUUCGAGCGAUGAGCACCAUGAACACAGCUCGGAGGAAGGUCCGGAUGAUGAUGAGCAUGAGCACGAGCACGAGCACGAGCACGAUCACGAGGACUCGAGCGAAGAGUUCGAGGGUGAGGAUGACGACAAGAAGAAGAAGCGAUCGGUGCGCAAGCGGUCCAAUCUGGAGGUGGUGAAGGAGGAUCAAAUUCUGCCCGGCGAUAUUGGCGAGUUUAAGACGAAAAAGUCGAUCCAGUGGAACAAGUACUUCGGUAUGGAUCGCAGGAAAAAGGAUGGCCGGAAUGGUCCGGGGGCUGUUGUCGGUGCUGCUGCCGGUGCUGCCGUGCCGUAUCCGCUGAGCUUUUACAAAACUUACGACGAGGAUCGGAAGAAGAAAAACGUCAACCAGGGCAAGCUGGAGAGCAUGGCUCAGAAGCUGAAAAACAUCGAGGAUCUUAUUCUGGACCAGACCGUCAAGUAUGCGGGCGAUCAUGAAGGAACCAUCACUGAGCCGGCUGAGCUGGAGGAGCUGAAGGACAAACUGCUGGACCGGUUGGCUACCGCGCAUAGUAUCGAGAAGAUGCGCCACACACUGGAGCGGCUGAAGGAUUCGGUUAGCGAUGAUCAGCUGAAGCUAAACGAGGUUGAACCGGAACAUCCCCGUGAGGAAAAGGAAAAGGCUAAGCGUGUGGCAGUGAAGAAGGAGCGGGCCGAGUACGAUCACAGCCAACACAGCAUGGAGGGCAACGAGAAGGUAGCGCACGAGGAGGUGGAAAACAAUCUCGGCGACGUUGAGGGUGACAGUAAGAAGAAAAAGCGCACCCAGAAGCGAUACCAGGAGGUAUUCCGUGGACCGGAAGAGCCCGAAAUGGAGGAUGAUUACAGCCGGGGGCUGGUUGUUGAGUCCACUGAAUGCCCACUGCUGGAUGCGUUUGAGCGGCGGUGUCGCGGUGUAGAUGUGCUCAGCGGUGACAUUUACCAGGAACUGCUGCCAGCCUGCGGUGCCCAUCAACUUUGCUACCUAUGCGGCGUUUCACCGAAAGUUUGCGACCUUCAGUAUCUCUCCGAGGCGGACAACAUUUGCGAAAACCAACCCGACUGUCAGACGACCGCCCGGUCGGUGCUGAUGAUACUGCGGGGCUUCCCGGGGCCACAGCUUGGGCCGCGCGAGUGCGCCAAAAAUCCCUGCCUGUAUCGGGCCAUGGUCGAGGUCGGUGUCGUUGUAAAUUAAGCCUCCCAAACACACAAUCUGGAGACCGACACUACACACACACACACACACACACAUAUACACUACACGAAAAUGACUCCAUUUUCGGCCGCUGUCUUGAUGUACCGAUGGAAGUUGUGACUAUGUUACCGAGCUAAGUUUUUCAACCAUAUACGAGCGUAUGUGUGCGCGGUCGAAAGGAAGGACGGAGGCUGUACAGUACAAGAAUGCUAAUGCGCCCGGCACAUUCAUACAUUGCUUGCUCCCGCGCGGGAGGUACAAUAUACACCGACUAAUGCUAGCGUACGAAACGAACGAACGAAACGAACGAACUAACAACGAUGAUCAGGUAUACCGAGAAACGUGAGGCGGUGCUGGACUGACCAGGCGGACGCAAUGGCGUAAAACCAACCAGCGGAAUUUCCAUUCCUUACCUUCCCUGGCCGCUUUCGCUAAACUGAGGCGACACAACCGAUUUCGUAGCAUAGGAGCUCAUUUUUAAUCGCAUAUCGAUAACUGUAUGUAUGUUCAACACACAAACACACACUAACGCACAGUAACACACCGAUACAGACAGAAGAAUACGUUCCCUUUGAUGUUCAACAAUCGGCGUAACGUUAUCAACUAUAUCUAUCAGUGAUUUUGUGUUUGAUACAAACGCAUCCAAAGCAACUUCCCUCUCCCCUUGUAUGUAUGUGUAGACCCAGCCACACACACCCCUUGCCGUCACUGGAGCUCGUUCCCUCAGUUCUUUGCUCCUGGAUUGUUCGAUAUUUUUACAAUCCUACAUAUAUACAAAUAUAAAUGUGACUCUGUAUAAGUAAGAUUUUUGUCAAAACCCAUUAUUUACAACACUUACAAGGAGGAGGAAAAAAAAAGUUGACAAAAAGGAUAUUGGUAACAUACAAAAAAACCUAAACUAAAAAUCGACGAGGUCGAGACGACCUUACUCUAGUUGUGAGACACAAAAAAGAACAAAUAAACAAAUAAAAAAUUAUUAUACAUAUACAACAAAAAAAAACAUAUAUUAUACUGAAUGUGUACGGAUAAGUUUCUGAAACAAAUAAAUAAUAGUUUACAAAAAAGGAGAACACAAACUUAACACGCAGUGCAACACAGCAAAUCCCUUUCAAAAAAAAAAACACGAAAUGAAAAUGGACAACAUCAACCAG